AUGAAGAUGGUAUCGUCUCUUCUCUUUUUCGUUUCUCUGUGUCUACUGCCUUACACCGCUUCAUCACUCUCCUGCUAUGUAUGUGCCACAGGUGAUCUAGCUGAGUUCGGCGAAUGUGAAGCACAAUUCCAAUAUGAUUGUUCCGGCUAUGCUUCAAGAUUCCCAGAUGAUCGUGUGUACUGUCGGACUACUCGUGAAAGAGCAAAAAACGGAACUUACACGGUUACAAAGGAAUGCAUUACUGAGACGGACCACUAUCAGAAAUUCCCUGACAAAGGAUAUCCGUUGGAUGAAGAAUGUGACUUGGUUGAUAUUAACAAUGAAGAGGUCGCUUAUUGUGUUUGUCGAAAAUCCAUGUGUAACCAUGAUCCUGUUGCUGACCAGUUUAUGGCAUUUGAAAAGAAACAUCCCGAGCUUUUUGGUGAUUCAGAAACAUUACCAGCAAGAGAAUCUUCACCAGAACUUCCACAGGGAAAUGCCCCAUUAGUUGUUCCAAAUGCUAUGAGGCCGAACAUCCCAGCACAGUUUGCAGCUCCUCAAAUAUCGCCUUCAGCCAUUGUACCUGUUAAUGAUCCUAGAUUUGCACCUACCCGACCGACCCUGCCAGCUGAUGAGAUACACGAAGUUCGUCGUCAGCAAUUACCUACCAGAAGCGAAGAGCGUCCAGAAGGACCUAGCCGCAUUGAUGGAAUGUUCCUAAUGCCCAAAGGUCCAGCAGUAAGCCAGAGUGGAUUUGUUGGAACGGUUGCUAAAGAACCAGUUUUGGAGGAAAGUCCAUCAAGCACGAAAGCUCCAUCAAAAUCAUUGCGCUGUAUGCAAUGUCGUGAGGAGAGAUUGACGUCAGAAACUUCUGACUGUUCAGGGGCUAUUCCUACAAACUGUAAUCCUGAAGAUGAUUUAUGCUUCACGCGCAUUAUAACUGUGGCUUCAGGACAAUUCUCAAUAGAAAAGAUGUGCGCUUCAAGUAGAAUCGUUAAAGCCAUGUUCGGAGACAAUGUUUCGGAGAACUUCUGCGGUUCUGGUUCGCAGGGAAAUGAAAAGUUCUGUACAUGUGAUGAGAAUGACUGCAAUCGUCCAUCUUACUUUGCUCAGGCUUCAUCCUUCGCACGUCCACCAAUCCCUGAAGAACCAAAACUUCCAUCGUUUGUAGCUCCACACAUUCAUCCAUCGGGGCCUUUUCCUCAUUUGGCAGCCCCUGAAUUACCUGUUCAUCCACCUCCUGAAAUAACAGAAACAGUCCAUAUGCCAAAUAAGCAGCGUGAUUCAAAAACGAAAAGCAUUGAAAUGGAUAGAAUAACAGAGGAGAUGUUGAAGAAGUUAGAGAAUACAGGAGAUGCCUCAUCUUUCGAUAAACCUAUACAAGCAACUCCCUCAUCAUCUCCACUUCCUAUUGUUCCCGUCGUCGUCAAUAAGCCACGCACAAGCUUAUCACGUUGUGUGACAUGUAGCCAAGCUGAUUUAUCAGAUCCAACAGCAGAUUGCUCUCAAACAAGUAUCAUGGAUUGUGCACAAAUGGAUUCCAACGAUGCCAUGUGCCUUUCGAAACAAACACAACUAGGACACGGGUUCAUUAUUGAAAAACGUUGUGUGUCUAAGGAUGAAUUCAAAAUGAUCGGACCCAAUGGGCAGUCAUUCGAAGAAGGCUGUGCGACAACUGAAGAUGGAAUGAUUAAUUACUGUCUUUGUAAAGGAGAUGUUUGUAAUCAAGCAUCGUUAUUGGCUCAAGCUCAAAACAAUGGAUUACAAGAAUCCAUACAACAAACUUUAUCAAAAACAAAGCAAAUUGAUGCAUCCAAUGCCAUUUUACCUGAAAGACUACCUGAGAUUGUACCUGAGCAGAUGGAAACAAAACAAUUCGAUUUGAAUAAUCUGAGCCCCACAGGAAUAACUAAUGAAGAGCAAGAGCUUAUCAAACAUCGCGUUCAAUGGUCAAACGACAAUUCAGAUUCUUCAUCUACACCAUCACUCCAAUUAUGCUUAAUAACAGUUCUCACAUUGUUAAUAUUUAUUUAA